ACAGAACCUCAAGGAACUACAACAGUAGCACAUCAACAGCAGCAACAGCAACAAAUCCGCCAGUUAAAAGAAUUCUCCAAUUGAAUAAUUCUUAAAGAUAUUCUCCUACACCCACACACACACACAACAUGAACUACACCUGGGCAUUCGCUCUCAUCCUGGCCACAUUGUGCCUGUCCCAGGCAGCGCCCCUCAACAAUCCCUACCAGGCCAUCAGCUCGCCCAGCGACAUUAGCGGACAACCAGUGCGCACAAAACGCGGCAGCUAUCAAAAUGAUUAUUACAUCUGCUAUCCCAGCAGCGUUGUCUAUGGCUACCAUCACAACAAUCCCAGUUCCCCGGACGGACAUCGUCGCUCCGAUGCGCCGGAGCAACGUUUCCUCGCCUACGACUCCUACGAGGCGCGUACAAAUCGUGCGGAUAGGGAACGCGCUGCCUACACAGACAGCUUUGGCAAAUAAUUUACGGAUUUCGAAGACUCUCUCAACUCAAACUGGACGUAAUACAUGGAGUAUAUAUUUUAGUUAAGGCAUUCGCACAGGUGUAGCUGUACAUAGUAUUUAUUUAUACUAAUUAUUUAUUGUCUUUUAUAAUAUAUGUUAGUAACAAAGAAAUGAAAAUUAAACAACAAUUAAACCGAAUUAAACAGAAUUAAAUGAAGAUAAAGAUCAAGAA